AUGAUGGCACAAGUGCCCUCAUCAAGUAGUCUGGAUAUCAAGCGAGUUAAAGUAUACGAGUUGAAGAAUGGCGAAUGGUUAGAUUCAGGAACUGGGCUUUGCACCGCACUAUUUGUUCUGGAUGACGCCACUCGUUCAGAGGAACCCCGUUUGCUGGUCCAUUCGGAGAGUAAACCCGAUAUUAUGCUACUUGACACCAAUAUUUUCAAAUCCGAAAGCUUCCGAAUGCAAUCUGUGACCCUCAUCAUAUGGAAUGAAUAUACUACAGGCCUAGAUACAGCUUUGAGCUUUCAAGAAUCCGAAGGAUGUGCUAUUAUAUGGAAAUUUAUAAAUAGUAUUCAGCAACAACUGCACAACAUUGCGCAUGUCUCAGGUUCUCAUGCUCUUCAAGAAGACGCACUAUCCGACGAGAUCACAUCAGAUCCAUACCAUAGUCCAAUCCCUCCAUUAUCUCCCCUAUCUCCUUUACCUCAUGUGUCCUUACCAUCACCUGGACUCGGCUCCCUUCACGAAAUAGAAUCGCAAAUGCGUGGACUCCACAACACCGAACAUGGGAGGGAGGCCUUAACAAGGUAUGUCCUGACGGAAGAGUACGUUCAAAAGUUGGUUCCGUUGGUGGAAACGGCAGAGGAUAUGGAGGAUUUGGCUAGCUUGCACCAUUUAUGCAAUAUCAUGAAAACUCUCAUAUCACUCAACGAUACCACUAUUAUAGAGUUAAUGGUAACUGAUGAUAUUGUCAUGGGUGUUGUUGGUGCUCUCGAAUACGACCCAUAUUUUCCCAGUCACAAAGCUAAUCAUCGUCAAUGGCUGUCAAAAGAAGGAAGAUACAAAGAAGUGGUUCCAAUCGACGAAGAAAUCCGCAACAAGAUACAUUCAACUUAUCGUCUGCAAUAUCUCAAGGACGUGGUUUUAGCCAGAAUUCUAGAUGAUCCCACGUUUUCUGUUCUUAAUUCUCUAAUAUUUUUCAAUCAGGUCGAUAUCGUUCAACACCUGCAGACCAAUCCUGUAUUUCUCAACGAUCUAUUUGGGAUUUUCAAAGAGGAGGAAAUAAAUCAGGAGCGCAAAAAAGAGGCAGUCCUUUUUAUACAACAGUGUUGCGCUGUGGCUAAAAAUCUUCAGCCUGCUUCUCGACAGCAAUUGUACAACAACUUUCUGAACUAUGGAUUACUCUCUGUCAUUAAAUUUGCCCUGCGUCACAGUGAUUCUGGUGUUCGUAUUGGAGUCACAGAUAUUCUUGUGUCAAUGAUAGACCAUGAUCCUCAAAUGAUUCGUCAAACUAUUUUCUAUCAAAUGAAUGGAAAGCAAACUCCUCUCACAAAUUCCUUAAUUGAUCUCUUACUAGUAGAGCCAGACUUGGGUGUGAAAGCACAGGUUGCUGAUGCGAUUAAGGUGCUUUUAGAUCCAGGUACGAUGAACAGGCCACCCGAGAAUUUAACAAAACCAAGUAGUGAGCAAAGCGCUCGAAUGCGACAACAAGACAUGCAGCAAGCCGAAUUUGUCAGAGAAUUUUACGAUGAGCCCGCCCGAAAACUUUUUAGGCCUUUGAUAGAUUUGAAGGACAAGAAAAACAUGGUCUUUAGUGUUCAGGAAAUAUCCUUAUACAUCUACCUUAUUGAGAUUCUUUGUUUUUUUGUUCGCCAACACACACACCAUAGUAAAUAUUUUAUUCUAUCGGAAAAGUUGGGACAUCGAAUCGCGCAGCUCUUAUCUUGUCAGGAGAAAUAUCUUAAGCUGAGUGCAUUGAAAUUUUUUCGUAACCUAGUUGGAUUACAGGACGAAUUUUAUAAUCAGCAGAUGACCCAAGGAAAGCUCUUUGGGCCCAUUCUCGAUCUAGUUCUUGAAACUAUGCCUCGCGACACGCUUCUCAAUUCAGCAGUCUUUGAACUUUUUACAUUUAUCGGCAGAGAGAAGAUCAAUGACUUGAACAGCCACUUGGUUGAAAACUACCGAGAGAAAAUGGAAAAAAUAACUUGCGUCAAUACCUUUUCAUAUUUAAUAAACAGAUAUGACAACACGCAAGGGUUCACUGUCAUUGUUGCAGAAACUCAAGAUGAGGUUCUCAAGAACGAUCGGCCAUUUAUAGGAAGCCGAUGGGGUAUGGGGCUGAAGGACCUUGACGCCCAAGAGGAGGAAUAUUUCAAUAGCUCAGACGAUGAAGAAGAAGCUCUUAAGAAUGAGUUACGGGAAGGGCCACAUCGGUCAUAUUCUUCCUCGAAACCGCUUGUGGACUAUCUUUCCGAUGAAGAGAACGAUUUAAAUGCUGAUAAUGAGUCUCGAUUACGAUCCAACGGAAAAGACGACAACGUGGUUCCCAGUCGCUCUCGUGGAGCUUCGAGACGUCAAUCAAUAGGAUUUUCAGAAAUGCCCAGUAUUGCCUUUGAAAAGCUGUCAGAAAAGCGACGUCAUGAAGCUGACGAAGUUGACGAGUUGGACAAGCUCUCGCAGGCCAAUAAGCGUCGUAACUCCAUAAACUCGACUGGCUCAAACGGUAUUCGUAAAAAAAUGGCAUUUUCGAACGGGUCCGCUGGUCAUUCACCAAAAAGUAAGAUUGCCAUCAAUAUAUCAGCUUUAGGUAAAAGAUCUGUUGAACCUCUUGAAAUAUCAGGAGUUUCAAAAAAUUCACUUGGGACGGGUAAGGUAGAUUUGAAGUGA